GGGUCCUGGGGUUGUUGUGCUCACCUGUCACACUUUUGUAAAACAUUAUAACGGCACUAUAAAGAUAAACCAUGGCGUCGUUUGUGACCGAAGUGCUCGCCAGCUCCGGCAAACUGGAGAAAGAGGACCUGUCCUGUAAAAUAAGCAAACUGUCGCGCAAGGUGGAAGAUACGAAGGAAGAAGUAUGUGAAAUGAUAAACAAGAAGUAUAAUGACUUCCUGCCGAGUCUUCAAGGAUCUGAGGAGCUAAUGCUAGAGGUCGAUGAGGUCUCCAAAGAAAUGGAUGUCCUUAAAAACUGCAUUGAGACGGAGGUGAAGCAGAAUAUCCACGUGGCUGUGGCUGAGUAUACAAAGCUAAAGCAGCAGCUGGAGAAAAACACUGUCAUCAUAACAAUGCUUGGACACCUAAAAGAGUUUCACAGUGCAAUGGAGGAGUCCAACAAAGCUUCACAGGAUAAGAAGUAUGUUGUUGCAGCCAACCAGCUACAAAGGGCAAAAGCCACAGUGGAUUCCCUGAAGGGCUGGAAGACUUCCCAUCUGCCUCUGCUCAGCGCUCUCAGCUCCGAGUUGACGGUGCAGAGAGAAAACUUAAUCUACCACCUGGGAGAUGAAUGGAAGCGCCUCGUCAUCUGGAGACUACCGUCCUCAAAGGAGCCUGCAGAUCUGAAGUCCUUCUUGAAAGUGGAGCUGAACCUGAGCCACUCGUGCAGUAAAGAUGAAGAGCCCGGACCUCCUGCUGUGCUGUGCUCCGUCCUGCAGGCUCUGGCCAUCCAGGGAGACCUGCAGCACAAGAUCAAACUGUUCAGUCAGGUGCUGUUGAAGAACAUGCUCAAGCCGCUGGUGAUGUUCCCCUCCCUGUCGGUGCGGGUGACGGAGCAGCAGGAGAAGGGAACCGUCCUGGCUCUGCAGAGUCUGGAGGAGAGUCAGGAGGAGAGGUCCACUCCUUCACAAGUCUACAGCAAACUGCUGCUGGUGCUCACCACGCUGCACUCACACCUGCUCGGGCUUUUUGGAGUAGAUCACAUCAUGACCUACUACAAAAACCUAGGGGUACGCAAAGAUGAUUUCAGUCUAGCAAGGGUAACAUCAGCAGAGGAGUACCUCUGCUGA